UAUAGGCAUCGGGGGUAGUAAAACUCAGUUUUUGAUCAGCUUCUUUGUGGUGCUAAGAAAAAUUAAAAACAUACUUAUAAUGCAAGAUACCAGUGCACUUGUAGUGUUGAUUGUGUUCCUCGUUGACCAAAGUACAGCCCAAAGCUGUAGAACAUGUAGAGGGACAUUAUGCUCAACUGAAAAAGAAUUAAAUCUAGAAUGUUCGCAAUUCUUGCCCGCUCUGCCAUUUGAAAGCCAAUUGCUGUUCAGUGCAGUAGAUGAAAAUGCCGAAUAUGGUUGUCUAGAUGUGGAAUUUUAUGUGGAUGAGUCAAUUACGAGCAUACAACAAUGUAUCAUAUCAAAUGACCUGAAAUCAUACUGCAGUAUGGUUGAGGAGGUCAUGAAAGUCAAAUCAUGCAGUGUUAGCCAACCUGAUCUAGUAAGAAUUGAAAGAGAAAUAAAUGAUGAACCUACCGAUAAGGAUGAUACUGAAACUGACACUGACGAUCCAGUUUACGAAGACACCACGGUAUUACCAUCAAGUGGCGUCGUUCAUUUAGUUACAAUAUUUUCCUUUAUUGUUUUGAUACCAAUUUUGUUAUAAAAAUAUGUAAUAUUUUCAUUUCUGACUGUAUUCAAAUGCAUUGUUCUAAUAAUAAUUUUAAUAAUCAAAAUUCAUUGAUUUGAACUGAUGAAUUUGAACUCUACAACUACUUUGCUUCUGUCUGUACACAUUUAGUAUUGAAUUAACAUUGAGACGAUUUAUUUAUGUGGGUGCUCAGAUAUUUAUUUGUUUGUAAAAUAUACUGUGAUAUGAUUAUGAUUAUACGUUCUAUACUUUUAAUACAAAGUAUUACUCAA